AUGAUUAAACUCAUUUUUUGUAUAUUAUGUAUUUCAUUAACAACUACUUAUGCUGCAGUUCAUAAAGUAGAGAUAUCAAGUACUGGUUCGACAUUGGCCAAGCUCGUUCGUAAAGGAUUAUUACAAGAGUAUUUGGCUGAACGAAACUUAGCCAGAACUCAAGUGUUAGCUACUGGUAGUGAACCAUUUUUGGAUUAUUAUGAUGAAUUCUAUCUCGGAAAAGUUCUUAUUGGCACUCCUGCUCAAACCCUUCAACUAGGUCUUGAUACUGCUUCUUCUAAUCUAUGGGUCAUAGACUCGAACUGUACUACUCAAGCUUGUAAUGGAGUCCCAGCAUCUGGAUACACAAAAACCAAGUUUGAUUCUACAAGGUCCUCAACUUUCACUUCUGAAAAGCGAACAUUCACCAUUCGAUAUGGUCUCGGAUCAUGUAAAGGGUACUUGUCCAAGGAUAAGGUCUCAUUCGGAGGUUUAACCAUUGAUGUUCAAGAGUUUGGUGUCUCAACACAUCUCGCCAAAGUUUUUGGAUCUCAACCCUUAGAUGGCAUGAUGGGUUUGGCAUGGCCAGCACUGGCUGUAGAUAACGUUGUUCCUCCAAUGCAAAAUGUACUCCCACAACUUGAUCAACCUAUCUUUACUGUAUUCUUGCGUCGACGCAUAGAUGAUCCUGUAGGUGCUAAUGGAGGCCUAAUAACCUAUGGUGGUUUGGAUACAGUCAACUGCGACUCAAAGAUUAACUAUGUUGAAUUGACAUCUGAAACAUAUUGGCAAUUCCAAAUUCAUGGUUUCAGCAUUGGAGAUUAUACGACAAAUCGGAAAGCGAAAGCUAUCUCUGAUACCGGAACGUCAUGGAUCGGAUGUCCAGAAAUAGCUUUCAAUGGCAUUCUACAGCAGACGAAAGCUCAAUACAGCAGUAAAGACGAGCUUUACCUUGUACCAUGUGAUGCCGAACCAACAUUGCCAGACCUCAUCUUUACUAUAAAUGAUAUAAAAUACAAUAUUCCGGCAAUCGAAUAUGUCUUGGAUAUUGGAUUGGGCAAUGGAAAGUGUGCCAUCACCUUCUUUUCUCAAUCAUCUGGAGGAUUCACACCGUCUUGGAACUUUGGUGACACAUUCAUCCGUACUUACUGUAAUAUUUAUGAUAUCGGGCAAAAACGAAUAGGAUUUGCUUUGGCUAAACAACGUUUGUGA